AUGGUUCGGCCAUUCGUACACAUCGACAUAACCUGUUACCGACUCUGGUGCAAGACCAUAAGUCCGAUUUUUAUCAACUAGUUCAGAGUAAACGCCCGAAAAAUCUUUUGUCGUUACGAUUUGCAUUGCCUGAAAAUCCGUCUCAUUUUUUUAAACAUUUCUGUUCGCAUCUAACCAGCAAAGGUGCGAUUGGAAUCAUGCUGACGAUUGUUUGAAUACCAAUAUUCUGACGGUAGGUUUCUAGAUUUGAAGACCUUAUGAAAGUCUUCGUUUUGUAGUAAACGGUAUGUGUUAUUGUGAUAGUCACGGCUCCAGACAAUGUCUGCAAUUGAAACAUGGUACCCAUAAUCUUUUUAAUAAGACUUCGGGACAAUUUCACAGUUUAUUUUUGAAACUGGAGGAAUUAUUUAAUUUUCAAUCCCUUUCUGAAAGCUUCUUAUUAAAGGCGCAGGUUGUUGCGAAAAAUUGGCGCAUCCAUGCAAAGCCUCAAAGCGAGAAAAAAGUUUUAUUUUUUAUUUUUUGUUUUUUUAUUUAUUCUUUCAAACUUAUAAUUUUAAAGGCUUUAUCAACUGGAAAAACUGACUUUUUAAUUUUUUUCUGAAUAUGUUUCAUGACAGUUUUUUUCUCGAAGAGUUCAAUAAAAAAAUCACCGAUUCACACGGGUUCAUUUUUUUAUAAUUAUUUAAAACAAUUGUUCACUUAUUUUGUUCCUUUUUUUUUCUGUUGGAAACUUGCUUCAUAUUGUUUCAAACUUUCAAAUGUCCAUUAAUAUUUUCCGUUCUCCGAACAACGGUAAUUUUGAAAAAAAAAAGAAAUAACUGAAAGCAAGUUGAGUUUUCAAAAAGAACAGUGUCCUGUUUGAUUUAUUCUUUUUUCAGAUUAUAAAUCCGAAAUCAUCGACAGUGCGGAUAUGGAACUGAUUGAACGAGAGACGCGGGCAAAUGAUUCUGUAAACUGUUCACAAAAGGUUGUCCAUUUUUAUCAUCAUUUCUUGCUGUUAAAAAUUUCUGUUGCCUGGUUUUCAGUAAAAAAAAAAUGCAAGUGCAGAACCCUUUUUUUUCGUAUUUUUCGUUUUAAUUGAGAUAAAUAUGGAUCGUAGUUUGAACGAAAAGGAGAAUUUAUUUUUAUGAUUAACAAAAAAGAACCCACCAAAAACGUGUCCACAAAUUCGAAGCAGAACAUUGGGUCUAAAUAUUUUACUGGGCCAUAACAAACCACCGCCACUGAUUUGUCCGUUAUAAUUUGUCUAUAAAACCGUAUUUGAACAUGUUUCCAUUUUAUAUGUGUUUACGAACCUAGCCUGAGUUGAAAAGGCCAGAAUCGUGAUAAGAAUCUCAAAAAACGAAGUUUGAAUCAUAAUCAACCGUAGCGGCUUCAAAUGAUUCGGCGUGUACUUAAUCAUCAAAAAAAGCAAAUAGAGAUGCUGAGUCAUAGAAAAAAUGAAAUAGAUAGGGAAGUAUAUAGAAAAUAGAGAUUCGUAGAGAUCUUCCAUGUUAAUGUCUCGAGUGAAAGUCGAAAGAUGGACUAAAUACGCGCGGGUUCACAAAAGAUGCGUAGUCGUCGCUCAUUUUGAUGUGUCAUCGGUUUAGUUUUGCAUGGUUGCUGGCUAUUUUUUGCAUCGGAGCAUAAUCUAUUUGUUGAUUAAAAAUGGUGACGUUGCUGUCAUAAUAGAUUUUGGCUAGAAAAAAAAACAUAACAAGGAAGUUUACUAUAGUUUCAAAUGAGUCGUACUUUCGGGAAGGCGUUUUGGCGGAACUAAUUCUCUUUCGAGGCUUUUGACGAAAUAUCUUCUCGAGCUUUUCAUGACGAUACGGACAGUGUGUCCAGAACUGCACAACAUUCGAUACACCUUUAAGAAAAGAUCCUUAAAAAGGCGUUCAAAUUCCCGCCAACAAGUUUUGUAGCAAAUUUAUCAAACCAGCUUGUUACACUCUCGCUUGAAAAAAGACUCAAUAAUUUUGUCAAGGCGAAUAAGAAAUCAGUUCAAAGCCAUAAUUGAACUUCAUAAAUUACAAUAAAAAGGAUUCCAUGAUUUUAAAAACCCUUUUUUUUGAUAGAUUUUUUUUUGCAAUUUUGUUUUCUGAGACUCAAAAAAAGUGAUUUUGUACAGAUUUUCAUAGCAUUUUUGAAAGUAAGCUCAAAAAAUAAUUUUUUUCGGGGGAAUCGGCUCUAAAAAGCGUUUUCAAUCUCAAAUUCUUUGGCAAAGUUGCUCUGUUAAUGAAUCUCUUUUUUUGUUACUUUUUUUCAUUCUGUUUAAUUUUUCCCAUCUGAUUUUUUUGUUCUGAAAAAUCACAAUUUUUUUAUAGCCCUGGAAUUUUUGGCUUUCUAUGAAAAUAAUUAUUUAAAUUCUCAAAUUCACUCAUUUUUGCUAAAUUCGUUGCAAAUUUCAGAGCUGUGUAUAGAAAAAGGAAAAAAAGCUCUUUCGAGGUAGAUAAACUUUAUUUGAGGUAUUUUAAAACUACAGAGUUCUUAGUAAGCCGUUCCAAAUGCGGCUUUAUCCUUCAAAACAUAAAAGUCGGUUUCUGGCUGAUUUUGGAUGAAGUGGAAAGUUCGGAAACACGACGGUCGCGACAAAUAUGGGAACGGAAAGCGACUUCAUAAGGGGUCACAGCGAAUAAAGUGAUUAUCGGGUCCAAAACAGCCGGAAACGAUACGGUAACAGCUGGAAUGUAGUCGAAAAAAGAGGGCAAUCCUUCUGAAAAAAAAAUAAAUUCAUUUCAAAAAAUCAAAAAUUGAGUGCUACCCGGUGAGAAACUGGCAUAAAUGCUCAGGCUCAUUGUCGGGACGAACAGGAUGAUUGGUAGCCAAAUUUGUAGUAGUAGCCCCUGAACAUCACGAUUUAUAAUUUUUUCAUGAAAACUUUUCAAAUUACAAUUGUAAAUUUUCUGACUUGAUGUGCAGUCCUGGCGGAUAGUAGAGCUUGGUGUUCUUUCAGGCAUCGGCUUGUUCUUCUGAAUUCAAAAUUUGGCCUUUUUUCAGUAUAGAAGGUUGAAGUUUAAUGAGAAAAUCUGAGUUUUUGAGAUUUUCUUGAAUCAACUUGGAAGUUUUUAAACAAGAAAGGUAGUUUUAUUUUGUGGUUAAAGAUGUUUCAGAAAAUUUGCCAGAAGAGACGUCGACUUAGUUUCUCAAAAACUAGGAGUUUUACUGGUUGAGGGUACCGCAAUGAGAAUUUAGGUCAAGAAAAGCUCUACCUUUUCUCAAAAAGAGAAUAAAGAGGAGUUCCAUACGUUAUCAAGGCAGAAAUAAUAUUCGCAGUGAUAUUUGGCCAUUGACUGAGGUCAGAGUAGCCGGAAAUCCUUUCGGCAGGCAGACCUAAUGUCAGAUUCCAUUUUUCUAGUUCUGUGUAGACUGCGGAAAAGUCUUUCGUUGUGACGACUUGCAUUGCCUGGAAGUAUAUUUGAUUCGGCAUAGUGAUUGAAGAAUCAAAAGUCCGCAAUCUGGCGUGUGCGUGUCACAAUAAUUCGAGUUGAAACACAUAUAGUUUGCGGGUUUUAGAAUAUAGCUUUUUUUUUUUGAUAUUACUGUAUCUUGAAAUGGGGAUUACACAAUGAGACACCAUCUUGAGACUUUGACGCUAGUUUUCAGGCUUUAUCUAGUUUAUCUUCAAAGAAUAACUAAUUUCUCACUCACCAAUAAAACGUAGAUUGGGAUCAUACUGACGGCUGUUUGUAUGACAACUCUUUUGAAUGAGUUCGCCAAAGAGUUAUUAAUCAAUGAUCUCGAUUUGUAGUAUACGGUGUGUGUGACAGAAAUUGUCACGGCACCGGAGAUCGUCUGAAAUCCAAACUUUUGUUCCUUUUAGUUCCAGUUCGAAGCGUCCAAGGUAAUUAACUAACCAAAAUAGUGUCGAAGGAGACGAAGCAGAACAUUGAAUCCAAAUAUUUGGCUGGACCAUGACAAAUAACCGCCACCGACUUUUCAGUAGUUAGGCUCCUUAAAAUAAUCUUUUCAAAAAGCUGUUCAAACCAACCGAAACUGUGUGGAAUAAGUCAAUAUAGUUAUGAUAACAUCGAAAAAAACGCCGUUUGCAUCAUGAGAAGUCUCAUUGACUUCAAAUUUCCUGGCGUGUAGUUGAUCAUGACAUAGAACAAAUACAGAUGCUCCACAGUGGAGAUAACCGUGUAAAUCGGGAAAUAGAUGAAAGUAGAUUUGUUGGUAGAGCUCUUCCAUGUCUGAAAAUGAAAUUUUCAAAAUUUACCGAGCGAAAAAUAAGAGAAGAAAAAUAUGAAACUAGUUUGGUUUUUCUAAAUUAUUUUCAAGCCUUGUUUUUUUUUCUUCAUGCUUUUCUCGUUCGAUUAUAAAAAUAAGAGAAUCAUUUGAGCUUGAAUAACUUUUUGAAAGAAAAAAAAAAUGAGUAAUGGAAAAUAAAGCCGUGUAACCAUAUUAUAUAACGCACGAGAAAGCACAUUCAGAAAAAUUCACAUAAUGAUAUCAACUUCCGGAGUAUCGUUAUCACUAGAAAGUAUUUCAUAAAUAACUUUGCUUUUUCAUUAAUUGCAACUUCAUGGGAGUUUUUCGCACCAUUGGGAAAAAUCUUUCGCAAUUAUUUUUCCCAAUGAAAAAAAUACUUGAAAAAAAUUAUUUUUGAAACGCCAUGAAAAUCUUAGAAGCGUUGCGAUCGAAAGGCAACCAGCUUCAAUGACUUCUGAUGCAUAAAUGCGCAAACCAUUUCGAGUCGGGUGCAUAUCAGAAACAUUUUACGCGUUGAGCUACUCAGGAAGGCAUUUCCGUUAGAGCAACUUUCGAAAUGGAAUAGUUUCUCUUCGAAUUUGAAACGCUAAAAAAGGGGGAAGUUUUACUUAAAGAUUACAAAAACCACAUUAAAUUCAACUAGCCCAGUUGGCUGAGAAUUAUCAAAAAUUUUUCCACCGAUUAUUCACUUUCCUUAUUUUUUUCGAAUGAAAUUUAGGAAACUUCUGUGCGAAGAUCUCAGCUUAACCUUAAUCAUCCUAUUCUUAUAAAAAACAUUACUCAAAAGUUUCUUGGAACCAAAAAAACAUUUAAUCAUUUUGGACUUUUUAUUAUUGUUUGCAAAAAUCAAGAUUCUAUGAGAAACUUGAAAUACUUGAUCAAAGGCAGAUCUUUGAAAAAGAAAAAGUUUAAACUCAACUUCUCAAGCUUCAUCUUCUACUUGUUUUGAACUAGAUCUUCAUUUUUCUUCCCUCAGAAUUUUCGGCCUCCCAUAUGAAAAAAAUAAAAUGAAUGUGAUCAACUACAGUUCGCUGUGCAGAAAAACCGGUUCAACCGUUUAACUUUCACGAAUUCCGCAUCAUCUUUUGCACAUGUUUUCGGGUUGUUUUGUUUUAAGUUCUUAAGUUCUAAUAUAAAAUGCGUCCAUUUUAGAGCUAAAUGGUUAAAAAAGGAGAAAUAAAAGUGCAAAACUAAUCUAUGGUGAUUUUAAUUUUCGUGAGGUUAGGUCCCAGGAGCCUGCGCUGAACGGAAAAAGAUUCCAUUUUAGGUUUUUUCUUUGUUUUUGUCUGUAUAAUAUUUGAACUUCAUGAUUUUCUGCAAAAUUUUAUCAGUUUUUGUACCUUUGAACUCAUGUUUUUUUUUUCAUACCUCCCUUUGAGCCUUUUUUUCUGAAUGCUCGAGGUCUUCCCAAUUGUCUCUCAAAAAUCGACUUGGAUUUCUCCUUUUUUUAAUUUAUGAAUGAACUUUUUAUUCAUAUGGGUUCCCUAGAAAAAUAGGAUCUGAUAUUCGACAAAUUCCAACUUCCCGAAGCUAUCUAAACUUUACCCGAAGUCCAACGAUUCCUCUCCAAAAACAUGCAACUUUUCCACAUUUUUCCCUUGGUUUCCAGUUAUUUCCUAUGUCAUAUACAUUUCUUUUUCGCGAAAAAAACAAUGCCCAGGGUGGCAUUCUUCCGACGCCACAGAGGCAAUAACAAAAAAAAAAAAAAUUGAUAACUAAUUGUUCGCCAUCAAUAAUUUCAAAGUUCUUGAAAAAGAAAGAAUGCGAGAAUAGAAACAUAUUGAAUAGAAAUUUCCAAUUUUGAGUCUUUUGUCCAACUUGACACGAUUUUCCGAGUUCCUAUUUUUUUAAUUCAAGAAAAACAUAGAGAGGGUUUUUUUACUAAAGACACUAUAAGGUCAGAUAGGAAUAUAAUUGAAAUGAAUUUCAGAAGUUAUUUUCUUUUUAAAGUUCAAAAAUGUGUAUUCUUAGAGGGGAUUAUAUUUAUAGAGCUCAGAUAGCAAAACACUCGUCAACAUGAAAAAUCAACUUUUUCCGUAAAAAAUCUUUUCCUUGCUCUAAUAAAAUGCUGCAAGUCUGGUCAUGUGGCUAAGCUUUGAAUUUGAGAUUCAAGACAGACAGGUUCAAAUCCUCUUCACGAAAGUUUUCUUUUGCGAGAUUUGAAUCUUGAUUUCAAACACUGAAGAGUUGGAUUCUCAUUCAAGUUUGAAUCUUAGUUAAUUGUGAAUCCUAAUCAUACUGAAAAAAACUAUCUGAAAUUCGGAAAAUCAAGGUUUUAUAUUGAUUGUUAAGUUGAAGUUUUUCCAUCCCUGAUUUAUAGAAUUUUUCAUUCAAAGCUAAAGUUUUUAAAAUCUCCUACGAUCUCAGAUCAGACCGUUGAUUCAUUACUUGAUGGCUUUAAAGUACGCCUUUUUUUAACUUGAAAGUCCAAAAAUCAGUGAAUUUUUCGACGUGAUUCACAUCACAAUAUAGUUAAAGUACAUGUUUUGAUGUUUUUUUUUCUCCACGCAUUCAAUUCAUUCAUUUUUGCUUUACAACAGACGGAAAAAAGCGGGGGCGCCGAAGAAGAAUUGAAGGCGAAAGGCGAUGAGAGGGGAGGAGGCACCCAUCCACUUGCCUUAUAAGGAAAAGAUCGCACUCAAAUUGACAAUAAUCAACUUUUUCUGCAGUUUUUGAGUUUUCUUCUGAUGAUUUAUAGAUUUGAGGGAUUACAGAUAAUUUCGGGAUUUUUGGGAUUUCAAACUUUUAAUCCUAAUUUGGUAGUACUGGAUGACUAGCUUUUGAACUCCUAAAUGGGAAACCUACUGAGGUCAAACCUUGAAUAAUUUAUAAAAAUUUGCUUUAAUUAGCCUCUGGUCCUUUAAAAUGGAAGUAUUCUGAAAUUGUUCAGAAAUUCAUUAAUUUACAAGAAUCUUGAGAUUUAUAGUUCUAAUUCCAUUCAACUUGAAGAAUCGAGGGUCUUUAAAGUUCUGUAAAUAUGAUACUCGGUCCGACUAGUGUACACUUUAGUGAUAAUAUUUGCAAAGGCCUUUUUUUGGACAGUUCUCACAUGUAAUAUUUUUCCAAAGUUUUUUUUUCCCGUUGAAUUAAUUCUGUUUUCGGUAAUUUUAGGAUAAGCCCCGCGUAAGCCGUUUUCUGGUCGCUUACUGUUUUCUUUCCUUAUUCUAGAAACAUUAUGAGUCAAGUAAUUGUUCUGUGAUAGAAAGGCCUUUUCAAUUGAGAUCGCGCCAUCUUUUUGGAAUGAAUUUCGUAUAAAUAUAAUUUUUCCAAAACAUUAUGAACCAUUUUAAAUACAUCAUCUAUGAGCAUUUUUUUCUGUUUUGUCCUUUUCUCCUGAAUUCUAUGACGUUAAGAAUAAAAAAAGUUCAAUUUUAAAUUUUCAACUAGCUAUAAAGAAUUGUUAGUUUGAAAAAAAAAAACCUUUUCAUAACGAAAAAAUAUUUUUUUGCAUCAAACUCCAAAAUACCACCUCGAGUUUGUAACGUUGCCCUUUUUGGAUUAAAUUUGUUGUGGUUUUUUUCAUGUUCCGCUGUCCUUUCAAGUUUAUUUUUCCUCUAAAAAGUUUGAUUACCUCUACAAAAAAACUAUAAGAAAAAAAGGUUUUUCUCAUGGCUUUUUCCCAGUUGUUUACUUUUUUUUCGCUCUUUUUUUCAAAAAUGCCUCGAUUUAUAGUUAUAAUCUGGCUGUGAAAUAGUUCUUCCUCAUGGGUUCCCCUUUUUGAGGGGAAAAUGAACUUUUGUACCUGUUUAGCCUCGAAGUUUUGGUUUCAAACUGUUUCAAAAAAGGAAUCUACCUCGUAAAUUGAUUUUUUUUUUCGUUAUAAUUUUCUAUUCUCCCUUUCCAACUAUAACUCAGACUUUGAAAAAAUUGUAUACCGUUUCCAUUUAUAAAUCGAAAAGUUACACUUUUCAGAAAUAACUGUGCGUCAUUUUUCUCAGUUGUCCUUUUGAAUUCAAUUUUCCUUUUCGAGUGGAAUAUUUGACCUUUUUGAAUCAUGAAAAAUGCGUCUCAUAAAUAGAUCAUUUGAACUUUCUAAUAAAAUUUGUAGAAAAAGUUCAAAAAACCCCUAAUUUCCUCAUUUCCAAAUUUAUUUUUUUACCUUUUUUUAAAACACUAAUUUGUUUGUUUAUUUGAGGUCCUCAAAAUUUGGUGCCCUUUUUUUCUGAUUUCUGCCUUUUUCUCAUUUUUUUUUGUUCAUCUUUUUUUUUCACGUACUCAUUUUAUUAUUUUUGUUUUGACUUCAAAAAAAUUCCAGAGAAUGAUGUCCCACGAGAAACAUCACACGAACAGCAGUUACAAUGGAGCUCUCAAAGAGGUUUCUUUUUUUAAUUUAUUUUGUGCUGUUCUAAAAAAAUAUAUGAAGUGGGAAAAAAAGAAGGCCGUAUAGUUUGUUCGUUUUAACGCUGAUCCAGAACUGAACUUUCAAAUUGAACGUUUCCAAACAAAAAAAUUCGGCCUUCUUUCGCGCUACAAUCGUCCUGUUUUUUUCUGAUUUGUGACCUUUCUUAAGAUUUUUCAAAAAAACCUCGCCAUGAAAUCCAAAAAAAUGACUUCAAUUAUUAUAACCCUUUCGAAAAAAAUUUAUGAGGUUUUAAAUAAGUUUAGAGAGUUCCUUAUCAAGUUUUAAAGCCACGAAGCCGUUUUCAGUGUUAUUCCGGGUCGUGAUACAUUUUUGGGCCUGUAAUAACCAAGAUGUUUAUAAGAAUUCAGAAAUGAGCUUACUGUAGAACUUGGAACUUGAUAAAAUGAGGAUUAUAUAAUUCUUUCAGAGCCAUCGAGCCGAGCGAGUUUUAUGGACGGUCGCAGGACUCUCAGUUAUUUUCAUCGCUUCAGAAGUCAUCGGCGGCUAUUUGGCCUCCUCCUUGGCCAUUAUGUCCGACGCUUUUCACUUGUUUUCCGAUUUGCUGUCAUUUCUUAUAUCGAUUAUGGCGUUGAGAUUGGCUAGGAAAAGAGGUGAGAUCGAUCAGAAAAUCAUAAAAAAUGUCUUCGGUUCUUUAUUGCGUCGAAGCUUUAAUUCAAAGAAUAGCGGGAUGUACUUGAGCAAAAAAUGCACUUAAUAAAAAUAAAGUUUUGAACCAAUUUGAAUGCCAUUAGUUGAAAAAAAAGCGGCGUUUUUGAUCCUUAAACAACUUAAAAAGGUCCUAAAUGUUGAAAAAUUAUAGAUUUCUGGUUAAGUUGAGCAUCAUAGGGAGUUUUUUUCUUGAAUUGAUUACUACUGUCGUUUUUUUAAAAUUCGAAAAGUUCCAGUUAAAAAAAGAAAGAAAAAUUUUUUUCGUUAGUGAAAAAAUCUAGCUUUCCGCGACUUUAGUAUAGAGGAAAAAUUGUAUUUCAAGUUCAAUUUUUCUCAAAUUUCCUCGUUUUUUUCGAUGUUUUUUUCUAUAACUAUCCCCUUCAUAUUUGUGGAUUUUUCGGUUUUUUCUCAUCGGAAUAACAUCCUGAUUUCAUCCUUCAUAUUUAUUUUCUUGAAAAAUUUGGAUACACAAUAACAGGAUUUUUUUGAAAAAGACUUUUUUUGAGAAUUCCCAGUUUGGAUUUUUACUCAUUUAUUCAUUCUUGAAUCGAAAGGAACUCGAAAAACUUCACUCAUUGAUUUUUUUAUGGAACUUUUUUUCAAUUCGAAGACUUUGAAAAAAAGUUUUUUUGACUUCAGAAAGCCACCGUUUCACAUUUGGUUACGGGAGAGCUGAGGUACUCGGAGCUCUAACUUCCAUAUUCAUCCUAUGGGUUCUGACAGUUUUCCUCGUCGCCAUGGCCACUCAUCGGAUCAUCACCGGAGAAUACGGUAAAAUUCGUUCAGCUGUAAAGUUUGUUAAAAUUUUCAAUUAUUCAGAAGUUGAAGCCAAUACGAUGGUCAUCACUUCGGCCGCCGGAGUUUUUUUCAACGUUUUGAUGGGUCUGGUCCUUCAUUUUGGCUCCGUCGAGCAUAGUCAUAGUCAUGGGAGGCAAGUGGCUCCGAACCUUCUUUCGAAAAAAAAGUUUCAAGAAUGCUAAGAAAAAACGUUCCUCAUUACUUUUCUUUCAUUUUUAUGUAUCCAGACGCUUUUUUUCUUGAUUACGUAAGGUAUUAGGCAAAAAAAAAUUGAAACUUAAGUCAGAUUUAUUCGAACUACUAUAAUAUCUAACAAGAAAAGUUUAUUUCUAAAUUUUCAAUUAAAGUAAGACCUGCAUCCCUGGGGCAACUGGUCGGAAAUAAAAAGUUUUUUUAAGCCAGCGUAACAUCCUAGAAUGAAACUGUAGAAAGCGGUGAUAUAAAAACAACUUUGAAGUCGUGUACGGGAAAAGUACCUUAAUAGGCAUUCAAAGCUGAACUGUGUGUACCCCUUGUUACACUGCGGGGUGUACCGAGAGUUCGAAGGGGAGUGCACCGCAACUUUUUUCUGAUUCUAUGCCAUCUUGUCUGAAAAUCAUUCUCGAAAUAAGUUCACCCGAUUUUCGAGAGAGCUUUUCUCUUCCACUCGUGAAACUGGCUGUAUUCAAAAGACUAGGGUCUUGUCUGAAAAAAUAGCAGAAUCUUGCAGCGGUCCUGGGUGCAAAGAACACCAGAACGUGAACGUCCGCGCAGCGGCGGUCCACGUGAUCGGCGACCUGAUCCAGUCCGUCGGAGUUCUUCUCGCAGCCCUCAUUAUCAAGGUUGUGUAAGGCAGAAAAUCGGGAGACACUUACAGUAGCCAAUAAGGUCGAUUCCAGCGAAGCUUACUGACUCUAUUUUCUGAAAUAGGACCAGAGCUCUUUCUUGAAGUUCUUGGAAGUCUCAGCCUCUUCAACUUAUUAUUUUUAGGAAAAUAUAGCGUUUUUAUGAUUAUGAGUCCUCUUUUUCUCGAAACUAGAAAAUUGGGCAGUUCGAGCUUUUUAGGACCUUCAUCUAUUAUUAACGAAAUUUCAAAAAUUUCCCUGAAUACCAGAACUAAAAUUCCCUUUAUAAGGGAUUUUCGAUUAAAAGUCACCGGGUUUCCCAUGAGAUUACGCAAAAAAAAAAUACUCAUAUGCUAGUUUCUCGGCUGCCUCCGCAAUGGUGGUUGUGGUGCCUGAGAUUUUGCCUCAAAUUUAGGCAUCGCAAGUUCAAGUUUUUGAUCGAUUUCUGUAGAACUUUUUUAUUCAGGACUACCCUCGGUUUCAGAAUUCUGUCUACAAAAUUUUUAUUUUCUGGAAAAAAAAUGUCAUAAAGAGACUUUCAUUUCAGUACACCGGCUGGGGUCUGGCGGACCCGAUUUGUACCUUCGUUUUCUCGUUGAUCGUUCUGGUGACCACUGUGACCGUUCUCAAGGAUAUUCUACUCGUCUUGAUGGAAGGUGAAGUGCGCUCCAAAGCUAAUUCGGUCCAAAGAGCGAAAUUGAAUCAGUAAGAACUUUGAGCGGUCAUUUAACCUUGAUUUUUGCGGAACGGAAUUUUUUCGAGAGAACUGCAAACUUCAAAAAAAAUCUACUUGACACUAAAAAAAAGCCAGUUUUCCCACGCAAUGACGAAUUCGUCCAUGAUAAACAGACCACGGAGCGGGAAAAGAAAUCAAGGCUUAAUGACGUUUUGAAAACACGGACUUUUUCGCCCAGUGCAGCCUAAUUCGAAUUAAUACAAUGACUGUGUUACGACCGGUCAAGUGACAAGGCUUCCGAAUGAUUUGUUUGAUGAAAUAGGAGAAAUUUUGAACUUGGGUUCAAAAAAAAGGAUCAUGAGGGUUAUAAUAAGGAUUUUUCAACUUAAUUUUUCAAAGCUUCUUACUUCUAGCUGUCCCCCAUGACGUUGACGCCGCGACGAUUGAGAACUCCCUGGAAGCUUUGGACGGAGUUUUCUCCGUCAGUCGACUUCACAUUUGGAGUAUCAGCCCCAGCAAUGUGGCUUGUGCUGUUGAUAUCAUGCUGGGUUAGUUAAUUCAGAUGUAAUCUUCGAAGUUUUGAACAAGACUUCAGAAUCGCAAAGUUUCAUGGUUUUUGAAAGCCAGUCGCUCUUUUUGGCAAACUUUUUUAUAGCGGCUAGACUUGUAGAGCUGAAAGAAGUAGGGUAUAAUGUGAUUUGGAGACAUUGGUAACGCCAGCUUGGUCUUGAGUGUUCUGAUUUUUUUUUGCAUAAAACCUAAAAAUAGCAGGCAAAAUGAAAAAGAGAACAAUCAGACAGACAAAAAAAAAUACAAGGAAAUGUGGCUUAUUUUCCCUGUCCUUUUCAAAUUCACUUGGAAGAAAGGUUUUUCGAGUUUUAUAUAAUUCUUCGCGUAUUUUGAUGAGUUUUUUUUAGUCCUCAGAGAUUUCACAAAGAGAAGAGACUAUCUUAGGUAGAUAAUGUCGUCCCAAAAAAUGAAGGCUUUCAAAAUUAUGUGAUUUUUGCGUAUUUUCCAGUCCCCAUAGAUAUCUUUAGCAAAUCGUAUAGACUUCAGAUCCGGAAAAAAAAAAAUCAUAUUUUUCAGACCCAUCAGAAAAUGUCCACGAAGUGACAGAAGCCGUUAGAACGACUCUAUCAAAGAAAUUCGAAAUCAAAGACGCCAUAAUUGGAGUUAAGCCAAAAGUCGAUAAUUCACCAAUCUUCAAAAUUUCCACUGAUAUCUUGACACCUAUUAUUUCUACUAACAAAAAUUUGAAAUUUUGAGUUUACUUUUUUGAAUCUCUCCCCUAAAGCUUUACAGAACGUUUGCUUUAGUAUGUUGCAUUUUUCUCUGUUUUUUUUUUGUUUGAACGGGUGUUCCUAUUCUGUUCUCAUGUGUACAUAAAUCUUGUGGCUUUGUUUGCAGAAAUGUUCAAAAGAUACUCGAAAACGUCAGAGUACUGUAAGAUACAGUAACCAGUCUAAAACUGGAAAAAAAUUAUCUUCAAAUUGUUUGAACUUUGAGGGAAUUUGAGAGAAGCUGCAAAAUCGAUGAUUUUGAGCAAUAAAGAUAAAAAAAAGUUGAUAAAAAAAAUCAGCUUCUGAGCAUGCCAAUCUGUUAGAAUAACGUGGUCUUGUUUUAUUUUUAGACGUGUUUUUCCAAUACCGAGUUCUUCUGAAUGAAAAAUGGGAAAAUUAUAAGGAUUACAUGAAUUUUCGAAACUUCUUCUGAACCUCAUCUUUUCUUGUCAAAAAAGCUGAAUAUUCUCACUUUGUUUGAAGUACUGUAGCCCCUUCUUCUUCAAGCCUAACCAUUUUCCGAAAAAAGAAUGUCGAUAAGAUUAAUCAGCUCAGUUGAAUGACACCUGUCAAUCCAAUCGAAAUACCGUAGCUUCUUCCCUUUUCGAACCUCACCUUCAUUCUGAGGUGGAUAAUGACAUAAUUAAUCGCCUAUCAAUCUGACUCACCUACCGUAAUUGCUGACCUUCCCGAGAAAGGAAAAAGAUUAUAUUAAUCGGCAUAUGUAAUAGAAAAAACCUGUCAAUCCAAUUAAAAUACCGUAACCAGUCAUCAAAAUUGACCUUUCUCACCGUAAAGUUGAUAAAAAAUGGUCUAAUCAGUAAAUUCCUUAUGGUGAUGUUUGGAGUUGCCGGAAAUAGCUUUGACAAAAAAAGUUGGGAAAGGGCAGGAAUCGAACCAACGAUGUCAGCUUGAGAAGCAAGGUGGUACGCGUUGCACCAUCAUCAUUCAUUAUUUAAAUAACCAAUUUUUUUUCGAAAAACUAAAGAUAGCUGGCUAAAUUCAGCAUCAUAAAUAAAGUGAAAAAAAAUACCCAGAACGACAAAAAACAUUUUUCGAUCUUACUGUAUUUCGAAGUUGUGCAUACACAGCGACGCAUCCGCUAAUAAUUCAAAUUUUUGCCAAAUUGUAAUUUAAUUAAGUUUUUACUCUUUUUCUCAUUUAGUUAUUUAUUUUGAGUAUAAAAAUCUCGUUUGAAGACAAAAUUCGCGUUUUUGCGACGCCUUUUCUGCAUCGAAAUGAUGACGGUACGUUUUUUAUGGUUUUAUUGAUGAAUUUGUAAAUUUGCAGUCAUUUUAUUCGACCAUCGAGCUUGGAAAUGCUUUGGGAUGA